ACAAGCCCACAAGUCAAAGAACAAACAAGCUGGUUACUGUCCCUCACUGCUUUGUGCCAUGAUGUCAUCUUCCCUCCUCUUCCUCCUCCUCCUCUCCUUCCUUGUUGGUGUGUGUGAUGCACGGGUGGCUUCACCUUUUAGAAUAUGUGCCUUCAACCUCCAAAGCUUUGGGGAAUCUAAGUCCAACAAGGUUGAUGUCAUGAAAACUAUUGUCAGGAUCAUUACCCGCUGUGAUGUGUGUUUGCUCCAGGAAGUGAGAGACAGCAAACAAAAAGCUUUACCAAAGCUGCUUGCGGCCCUUAACAGCCAUGACACUCGGCAUAAAUAUAAAGCUGUUGCCAGUGAGAGACUGGGCAGGACAGAAGCAUACCAGGAGCAGUAUGUGUUUGUUUACAGGGCUGAUACAGUGACAGUCACAGGCAAGUAUCAAUACCCUGAUAAUCGACCUGGAGAUGUGGAUGCUUUUGCCAGAGAGCCCUUUGUCGUCCGCUUCAAAGCCCCAAAGACAGCCAUAAAGGAGUUUGCCCUCAUACCUCAGCAUACCACCCCAACCAACACCACCAAGGAGUUAGAUGCACUGUAUGACGUUUUGCAACAUGUGAAGAAGAUGUGGAAAAUUGAGAAUGUGAUGCUUCUUGGGGACUUCAACGCCGGCUGCAGCUACCUUGCUAAGAAGUACAGGAAGGAUGUGCGUCUGAUUACAGACGAGACCCUCCAUUGGCUUAUUUCAGACAAGGACGACACCACUGUGCGAGCGACCACCACCUGCGCCUACGACAGGAUUGUUGUACACGGGGAAAGGUUUGCCAAAGCAGUUGUGCCUCUUUCAGCCAAACCGUUUGACUUCCCAACAGAAUACCAACUUACAGAGGACCAGGCGCUGGACGUCAGUGACCAUUACCCAGUGGAGGUCCUUCUGAAGAACACUGCAUCCAAAGUCUCCUUCAGCCUGCUCCUCAUCCUCCUCCUCCUCUUUACAUUAACCUGCAGCUGAGACAACAUGCAGUGUGUGUGUGUGUGUGUGUG